UGGUACUAAUAUCAUAAUAAAGACCAUGAAAUUUGGUAUUAUCACAUUGGAGGCUAGUGAGGGAAGGAUAAGUUUUUUCAAUAUGGAAAUAUCAUAUUACAACUUAAAAAUUGCAAUAUUUUCAUUUGCAAUUAUCUUUGUAUUGAGAUGGACAUGGAGAAUCUUGAAUUAUGUUUGGUUCAAACCAAAAAAAUUGGAGAAACAACUAAGACAACAAGGUCUCAAAGGAAAUUCUUACAAGUUGUUGUAUGGGGAUAUGAAAGAGAUGAAGAUGAUGAUUGAAGAAGCUACAUCCAAGCCUAUCAAUUUCUCACAUGACUUGAUUUGGCCUAGAAUCAACCCCUUCAUCCACAAAACCAUCACAAAUUAUGGUAAAAAUUGUUUUGUGUGGAUUGGGCCCAAACCAGCAGUCCUCAUCACAGAGCCCAAAUUGAUAAGGGAGGUGUUAACAAAGAAUUAUGUUUAUCAUAAGGCACGUGGCAGCCCAUUAUUGAAGUUGGCAAUAUCUGGGCUUGCGGCCCAUGAAAAAGAUAAAUGGGCCACACAUAGAAGGAUUCUCAAUCCAGCUUUUCACUUUGACAAGUUGAAGCAUAUGCUACCUGCGUUCAAAUUGACUGUUGGUGAAAUGUUGAACACAUGGAAGGAAAUUGUCUCGAAAGACGGAACAGAGAUAGAUGUGUGGUCAUAUCUUCAAACAUUGACAAGUGACAUAAUUUCAAGAACUGCUUUUGGUAAUAAUUAUGAAGAAGGAAAAAAGAUUUUUGAACUUCAAAAAGAACAAAUUGAAUUAAUUUCAAAAAUGACACACUCAAUAUACAUUCCAGGAUGGAGGUAAGAAUUUUUUUUAUUUUACAAUUAUGAAUUAUAUAUAAAACUCCAAAGUUAAGUAUGCUUGAGAAAUGGAUAACCACAUAAAGUUUUCGUCUCACUUUAUAUACAUAAUUCUUUAAGCAUUUAGAAAUAUCAAUCCUUUAUUUUAUUUAAUUUUAUACAAGGACUAAAAUUGGUAUUUUUUCAUUGAAAA